AGAUAUUUAUAUAAUUAUUACGUGAAGUUUUCAUAUAUUAAUUAGGAGGAGCCAGAUUGGUGAAGUUAUUCAAGUUUUUGUGCAAGCGUAUUUAUACUGCACAUUUAGUUAGUUGCUGUAGCAUACGAGGGGUUGUCUGGGGUAGUUAGAGGGUUGUCGAUGACGUUGUAAUACCUCUGGAGGUACAAUACAUACUUUAUUCAACUGAACUGGACAGUGGAAAGAGCUCAAUGAACCUUGAAAGAAAAGAAGCUUCUUCGAUGCUUCCAAAUAUGGGUAAUAUAACCUAAGUUAGUAGAUAUGGGGUAAUUAUUACUAGGUACUACUAGUAGUAGGUAUGUACCUAGUAGUUACAUUAUAAUCUACUAACCUUAGGUACUUUGAUCGAAUAUUGAAAUCUUCAACUUGCACAACUUCAAUGUUCCAUGCCUAACAUCUACGACACACUACACUAUAAACAUAAACACCCAAUGUGUAAUUCACUUGAUAUACCCUCCUUUCUUUUCAUGCAGCAAGCUCCAACUAUUCAUUUUAAUGAUCAUUUCAUAUAUAUAAGUACCUAACCUAGUAGGCAGUAGGGAAUGUUUGGAUAUGCAUUGUCCUAAUCACUCAUCCAUUCGCAUCAAUGAUAUUUCAUCCUGCCCUCCACCCCACACAAAACACCUUCAAUGGCCAUGCCCAGGUGGCUUCGAAUCCCCAAUCAUGAUGCUCUUCACCGUACCGUCACCCUCACCCGAAUUUCCGUUCUAGGUAUCCCAAGGACGGCCAGCAUCCCAUCAUGGCCUUCCACGACACCUCGCAUCUUAACACAUGGGAGAGAAUACCACGUAGAGGGCCUGAUGCUUGCUCCCGUUAUAUUUAGUGGCUUAUUCGUAUCGUUGUGGACUUGGAAGUGCUUCAUGAUGGUCACUUUUCAGAACAAGAUCAUAUACAUGCCAGGCUUGCCGCCCAAUGCACGAGGGGAGAAGAUUCAAGAUUACGCUAGUCGAUGUGCUGGUAUUCAAUGGCGAGAGGAAAGAGUGCGCGCUACUGAUGGCACAGAUCUCGCCCUGUGCGUAACAGACGUAGACCUCGGUCCCAGCGCUCUCAGCAGUCCCAACGAUCCCAACGAUCUCAGACCUCCCAGUGCAACGUCUGCACAGCCAGGUGUUGCAUUCUAUAUCCUUUAUUUCCAGGGAAAUGCCUCGUCAAUCCCCCCACGCUUACCUGACCUCUCUUCGGUACUAAGUAUGCUAAAGAGGCACUCACUGCAGUGGGAUGCGAGAAAAAUUCGAUGCACAAUGGUUUGCCUCAGCUACAGAGGCUAUUGGACGUCGCGUGGUCGGCCCACUGAAAGAGGUCUUAAUAUCGAUGCUGCUGCUGCUGUUAACUGGAUAUCCCAGAUACAUCAUGAUUCCUACGGUGGGGGGGCUCACAGUUCCAGAACAUCGGCAAAACUUAUACUUUGGGGGCAAAGCAUUGGUGCCGGCGUAGCUACUAACCUUGCCUCAUUGACUCCAAUGCCUGCAGAUAUACAUCUAGACUCAUUGGUCCUCGAAACCCCCUUCACCUCAAUCCGCGCCAUGCUAGAGGUUCUUUACCCACAAAAAUGGUUGCCAUAUCGGCACCUUUGGCCGUUCCUUCGAAAUCACCUUGACAGUUGGCAAAAUAUAGGGACCAUAUCCCAGAAAUAUAGAACCGCAGAGUCAUCUCCAGAGAUACUUAUUCUGGAGGCGGCGAAAGAUGAGCUUGUCCCACCAGAACUUGGCCAGAAGCUAUACGAAAGGUGUUUAGACGUCAAGCUGCCUGUAACGAGGAAAGCUGUUGCCGGAGCUUUUCACAAUGACGUAUUGUUCCGAGCUGAAGGCAGACGAGCUGUCUCUGACUUUUUGUCGCGCAGGAUGCGUUCCUCGCGUGGCUACUAAUCAGUUCCAUAUCUAGAUCAGCAACAUAAGCGAUGAAUACUGUCCUCGGAUGUAGACUAUCAGCCCAGUUCUCAACAACCCCGAUAGUCAUGCUCGUUGUUAAAGGUGUAACUCACAAGUAUCUCCUGUCAGACACUGGAAUAGUCUAGGACAUCCCGAUGACCAGAGCAUUGACUUUGAGGCUUAUUUUGUUUAAGCAAUUUCGACAUGCCAAACACCCAACAUUGUCUAUCGAAGAUCCGGCGUUGUAAUAAUUUCUAUAACGUGAACUUCUUAGAACUAAAUAAUAGUUUCUGAAUAGUUUUCGGCUUGUCGGUCAAAUGGAUACCAUUCAUCAACACUACAUCAAGUCCAGAUAAUAUUUUCGGAUGUAGGCAUCGUCUCGAUCCCGUUCUCGGUAACGAUAAGGUUACAUCACUAUAUCAAGAUAGUCUAAACAAUUGCCACAAAUUUCCCAAGGCGCCGUCGA